AUGUCCGCAAUCUACAACAAGCUCCUCAACAAACAUGUGCUCAUUCUCGGUGGCACCUCCGGCAUCGGUUUCGGCGUCGCCAAAGCCUCCCUGGCCUCGUCUGCACGAGUCACCGUAUCGUCCUCCUCCGUAGACCGGGUCUCAUCCGCCGUCACCAAGUUGACGGGCGAGUUUCCGGGGGCCCAAGUGCAAGGCUACGCUUGCGAUCUCGGCGGUGAAAACGUGGAGGAAGAGAUCGAGAGCCUAUUCGAGAAGGUCGGCUCGGUCGACCACAUCGUUUUCACAGUCGGAGAGAAGCCGUUGGCGAUGCCACUGGCGGACAUCACACGCGAGAAAAUCCUCGCACCUGCACAAAUACGACUCGUGGCGCCGAUCCUCGUGGCCAAGGUCGGCUCCAAGUAUCUCUCCGCGGGCCCGGAGUCGUCGAUCACCCUGACGACGGGACAAGCGUGGGAGCGGCCGGCGCCAGAUUGGACUAUCAUGUCCGGGUAUCUGGGUGCGUAUUACAGUCUGACGCGGAACUUGGCCCUGGAUAUGAAACCGGUGCGGGUGAAUGCGGUGUCUCCGGCGAUUGUGGAAACCGAGAUGUGGGAUGGGAUGCCCAAGGAGCAGAAGGAGGGUAUCUUUCAAUUUAUGGCGUCGAAGUAUCCGACUGGUAGGGUCACGAAACCUGAGACUUUGGCUGAGGCGUAUCUCUACCUGAUGAAGGAUAGUAAUAUAACCGGUCGGGUUGUUGGGUCGGAUUCGGGAGCUUCACUUGUUUGA